AUGGAGGAGUUGGAGGAGCAAGAGGCCCAGCUUCUGCCCAAGAAGUAUGCGGAGCAUCAGGCAGUCAAGGAGCAGUUGGCAGCCCGAGAAGAGAAGCUGGCCGAAGGUGCUGGGGCGAUCUGCAAGCUAUACUGCAUCCCCCGAAAUGCAGAGCAGUGUGUCGAAAUCCAGGUGCGAGAAGGAAGCCGUCAAGUGCGCUGGGGCUGGGUUGGGCCCAAUUUCGGCAAGGUGGGCUGCAAGUACAUCAGCAUAUGUAGGUCGCUGGUGACACCUGGCGAGUUCUUCUGCGUCCCCUAUGAUGCUGCACAUGUGCUGCUCGUGAACAUUGACGAAGACACAAUCACUGAGGUGGGUGAGAAAGUAAGUCCGGAUUUGGUGACCAAGUAUGCAACAGCUGCCAGCUCUUAUGACUGGAACGGCCGAAUCUACGCAGCACCUUUUCUUGCCCAGAGGGUUCUCCAGAUUGAUCCUUACACAGGUACUGUCGGCGAAGUCGGCCCACGCCUUGUAAAAUCUGAGCAGGGCGAGUGGUGGGUAACGAUUGCUUCCCCCAUC